AUGAACGAUGAACAUUCAGUAGAUUUGGUAGUUCUAUUUGAAAAUUGUGAAUCUAAUGUCAACACAAACAUCUUAGAAGAAAUCAAACCUGAUUAUGAACCUAUUCAUUUACCUUUAUCAAUAAUUGAAAUUCUAAAAAUCUGGACGAGUUCUUCAUGUGAAUCAUCAUCGCAUCGUAUUGGUAUUUCUCCUUGUGAUUAUUUUUCAUUAGAUACAAUGUUUAUUCAUACAUGGGGCCAAUCACAUGUUGAACAACCCUAUCGUUUGACCGCAAUAAUUGAACAUUUACACAACUAUUUUUGGAUUAAUCAUCACUCACGUUGGAAAUGUAUUGCAGGACGAAUGAUUAGCAAUGAAGAAACUCAACUUGUUCAUUCCAAAAUAUUUCUAUCAGAAUUUUUGUCUGUUGAACGUGGAGAAACAAUUGAUGAUAUGCCAUCAAUACGAACACUUUCAUACGCUAAUGCUCGAUAUAAUUUUAAAAGUGUAGGUCCAAUCAUAGCCCGUGCAUGUCGAACAGCAGCUGGUACAACAGUUAAUGUAAUUUCAUCAGUUGCUCGAUGUGCAAUUGAUUUUGGUUUUGCUUUUGUUCGUCCAGCUGGUCAUCAUUCAUCAACUGAUCAAGUUGGAACAUUUUGUGGUUUGAAUUCUGUAGCAAUAGGUGCAGUAUAUGCUGUUCGGAUUCUUCAAUUAGAUCGAGUUCUUAUUUUGGAUUGGGAUGUACAUAGAAGUGGAGGUACUGAACAAAUUUUAGGACAAAUAUCAAAUGAAGAUCAAGAAAAAUAUCGUCUUAUUGAUAUGUAUGCUGCAUUUGGAAAAAUGUCGAAUUCAACAUCUGUACUUUUCAAUUGCCAUCUUAUUGAUCUUUAUGAUAGAAAUCAAUUACCUGGUGACGAUGAAUAUCUUAAAAUCUUUGAUUUUAAGAUUUUGCCUGAUAUAAAUCAGUUUUCUCCUUCGUUAAUUUUAAUUUCAGCUGGUUUCGAUGCAGCUGAAGGAGAAGCUGAGACAUGUGCUCGACUAAAACCAAAUGGAUAUUUUCAAAUGACAAAAAAAUUAAAAGAAUUAAAAAUUCCUUUAGUAUUCGUCUUAGAAGGUGGCUAUCAACAGCAACCUUUAGUUCAGUCGAUAGCAGCAGUAUUUCAAAGUUUACUCGAUCUAUAA